GAUGGCGGGAUAGAUGAUAUGGAUCSGAUUUGACUUAGUUUUCAACGAAUAAAACAUUGUUAUGCCGAAGGCAACAAGAAAAAAUCGAAGUAARAAGAAGGAUCUAAAGGAACAAGAUGACACAGGCUCAGAGUCAGGGAAACUGUCAGAGACACAAGAAGUUGCUAAAAGAUUGUCAAGGACAMGAUUGGGGAAAGAAAAUACUUUAAAAAGAAGUCAAUCAAAAGCUAAUARGMAAGGUCCWGCUGAUCCGUAUGAUGCAGAUUCWGAGGUUGAGUCWGAUGUCAAUUCACAAACAGAAAACAGYGARAUUAAAAAUGRCACYCCUAUGGUUAUAGAGSCAKUUAACGAGGCUCCUAUAUCUUCAGUCCCUCGUGCGUUAAGGUCUAAAUCAUCAAAACUGUUUUACAAUGAACAAUCAACUCCCAGUAUUGCAACUCCAGGAAGAUCUGAUGAUUCUUUGUUCGGCUUUGGUUCAGCCCUUGAAUCMCCUCUUCCUUUCUCUCCGGUAACAAUGGCAUCUCCUGCCCGCUCUGAAGCAAGUACAGGCAGUAUGUUUUCAGUUUCAUCGUCAACAUUAAUGUCACCUGGCAAAAGAAAACUUCAGUUGAGGAUUUUUGAUAUGCCUGUUGAAAAGCCUUCAAAGAAAAUGAAAAAGAAGAAAACAUUUUACAACAAAGAGGCUGAAAUUCAAGAUGUCAUAAAUGAGUUCGAAGAAGUUGAAAUGUUUAGCUUAAAUAUUGAUAGCUAAGCUAAACAUCUUCCUGUCACAURUUGUAAAUAUUGUUUUGUAAAUAUAUAAAUUGAGCAACAUGUAAAGCUCAUUCAUACUUAGAGCUUUAGCUUUUGAGCAUGGCCUUUAUUAUAUACAUUGUACAGUUGCCUUGUAUAGCCUGCCACACACAUAUAUUAUAGAAAGAUUUCACUCAAGCAUUUUUCUCAUUGCCUCGCAAAGCAAAUUGCUUAUUAUUCGAGAGUAUAAACUCAUUUGUAUUUCAUCCUUACUCAGUACGUUGUUUGCUUUGCAAGGUAGUGAAAACACUGUUUGAGAGGAGUCUUCCUCAAUGUGUGCAGCAUGCUGUAGUUUAUCAACAAUACAAGGCUUUAUUUUACAGUGUAUAUUGUAUAAUAUAGUAUUGCUUUAAUACUAGUAAUUUUCACAAUGUAUUUGGUAUACAUAACUCUUGUAUUUGAAUCAUUAUUAUAUGGAUCUUUGAUAAACGAAAGCCACCUAUAGUGUAAUACUGCAAAUGYGAGACCAUAGCAUGAUCAUUGUAGGUUUAGCCUGAUUAUUGUAAGAACCAAAGGUAAUUCCAUGUACAAAUAUUCUUUUUAAAUCUUCUUUCUUUGAGAAAAACAAGGCAAAUAUGUAAGAUAUAUAAGGAUUAUUUAGCAAUUCAAUGGUGGCUUUUAGAAGUGUGAAACCAAUGCAUUGUACUGCAACUGUUUUAUUUGUUUUUGACCUGUCAAUCAUAUGGAAGGCAAUUUAUAUGAUUGGCUGACAUUGGCAUCAAAUCAAACACUACAAGUUUGUCAAAAAACAAAGUUUAAGGUGUUCAAUAAUCUGUUAUAAUUAAAGAUUACCUAAUUGUACUUA